AUGAGAGAGCCGCAAGACUCUGAAAGCCAUGGAGCCGGCCAUAGUGGGAACCAAGGAAAUUCGUCUGAAGGUCCUGGACCUUCGUAUCAACCUCAGCCAUCCUCGUAUGCUUUUCAAGAUCAAUACUCAACACUUCCUCAGUCCCAUCUCUCUCACUUGACUCUGCCUAGAGGUUCUAUACAGCACGUUCCUCAUGGCGGAUUUGCUUCGCACGAUCAAUUUCCUGCCUUCAAUAUGGCCGCAAUAACAGCAACUAUUCCUCAGUAUACACCUUCCGAAAGUCGCAUGUCCGGUGCCUCUCCCUUGGCAACAACUUACGACCACCAGCACGUCGCACAAUAUUCUGGACAACCCCAACCGUUGUAUGCCGUGGGACAUGCUCAUUCAGGUCAUUACCCCAACUUACUUUGUCAAGGGCAUAUGUCUGCAACCAGCUCUUAUACUUCUUACUCUGUCCACCAACAACGUCCAUGCCCCAGUUACCUUCCACAAACGCCACAGUACGGUUAUUAUGUAUCAGCACAAUACGGACCACAGAUUCUCCCCGCCCAGCAAUAUGCUAGGGCUCACGGCAGGAAAGCAAGCAUACCACAUGGCCAGAUCCAAUAUGCACCCACAGGUGCAGAUUCGCCCCUACUCCUUGGCUACCCAGAUAAAUAUUCAGGGGCCAUCACCUAUAGCACUGACUCACCCAACCAGCCAAACUUGAAUCAAACCAAUACUAUACAGAUCGCAUCACAUCCUUCUCCUGAAAGCAUGAAUUCCACACCCCGCGGUCCUCCUCGAAAACCGAAACAGUCAGGUCAUGCCCUCUGGGUUGGCAACUUACCUCCAGGGACGAAUGUCACUGAUCUAAAAGACCAUUUUUCACGCGAUGCAACCACAGAUAUUGAGAGUCUUUUCCUAAUCUCCAAGAGUAAUUGCGCCUUUGUCAACUACCGCACCGAGACUUCUUGCACUGCAGCUAUGCAUAGAUUCCAUGACUCGCGUUUCUAUGGAGUCCGACUAGUCUGUAGACUGCGACGUAGUGCAGCGCCUACUUCUGGGGUUCCUACAGGGCCUUCAGCCAUGUCAGACGGUCGUGCAUCAGGACCUUCUCCUGAUCUAACAUCAAUGUCAUCUGAGACUGUAGUUGACAUCGCGCAAGAGGGGAAAAAUCCUAUAGCUGGUAUGGUCAAUGGGGAAACAACAACAAAUAGAAUGCCUGAGAAGUUCUUCAUAGUGAAAAGCCUGACAAUGCAAGAUCUGGAGCAAAGCGUUCAAAAUGGUAUUUGGGCCACGCAAUCUCACAAUGAGCAAGCGCUCAACACAGCGUAUGCUACAGCAGACAAUGUAUACUUGAUAUUUUCCGCAAACAAGUCUGGCGAGUAUUUUGGCUUUGCUCGCAUGGCAUCACCAAUCAGCUCGGACGCCUCGCAGCUUCUGAGCUCCCUCCCCAAGUCCACUGCCACUGCUAUUGCUGACGCACCUCGAUCGAUACCUACUCCAGCUACCGAGCACGCUCCGAAAGGGAAGAUCAUCGACGACUCUGCUCGAGGCACUAUCUUUUGGGAAGCCGAUCUUUCUGGGUCUGAGAACGAGGAAGAAGAUGCAACAGAAGAAGAAGAUAACUCCACAAAGGAUAUUGAUAACGGUGACAUUGCAGCAGAUCAGGAAUGGGGAAAGGCGUUCAAAGUAGAGUGGAUUUCCACAAAUCGUCUACCGUUUUUCAAGACUAGAGGAUUGCGCAAUCCCUGGAACGCAAAUAGGGAAGUUAAGAUAGCCAGAGAUGGGACUGAAUUGGAGACCGGCAUCGGGAGACGUCUCAUUCAGAUGUUUCCGCGUGGACAUUCAUCUAGCCCGAUGGGAGGCGCAGUUGGUUCUCGAGCAUAUUAA